GUCGAUGUGACCUAUUUCAGACUGAACUAAUGCAAGAGUGAAAACAUUACAAGUGUUUUAGUCAUCAGAAAGAGAAGAAACCUCUGAAACUGUACGAAUCCUGAAGGAGAGGAAGAAGAAGAAGAAGACUAAGAAAAAGGAUGGGGAGGGAGGCAUGGCGCAGAGUGCUGUGGAAGAAGCAACCCUUCGGAUAAUAUGUAGGAGACUCUUUCCUCAGAGUUAGCAAAAAAUGUAAAGAACUGUCUUUUUCUGAGACAUUUUAUGGUGCAACAGCUGUUACACAAGAAAUAUGCAGUUGUGUUGGUCUAGUUGUGAUAUUCUUCGGCAUAUCAGAAGGCAAUCUAAAUGCUUCAGUAGUUUUAACAUUAACAGCAUCCGUGGGUGUUGCUGGGUACAUUAUGACGAGAGCCCAACUUGCUGCCUCAGUUAAGGGUGACAUGAAGGUGGCAUGUUUCUAUGUGGUUUUGAUAGCAUGUGCUUCUCCCAUAGUCAAGAGCCUCACAGGCAGCGUCGCAACAGAUUCCAUAAAUGCCUGCACUGCGUUUUUGUUAAUCUUGCGCCUUGCAGUUCAUGAUUAUGGGACACCAGUUGCUAUUGUUAAUCCAACUGUUUCACACAAUGUUGGAGUGUUCGCGUCAGUUUGUUUGGCUUCCAGACUGGACAGUGGCCUUGACGUCUUUACUUUAAUGACUGUAGCUGUAGCACUCUUUGCACUCUUCCCCAGCUUUAGAAGAUACUACCGGGUUCACCUUGGAAAAGGCUGUGAUCUUCUGAUGACUUUAGUGGUGGUGAUGUGUACCUCUAUUGGAAUUCAUCAGUUUGCUUCACAGCUGUAUCUCGUCUUCUAUUUAGCAAUAAUGAUUUGUAACUUCCUCAUCCCAGCCCUUUAUAUCUAUUUCCAGAGUUAUAAGCAAAAUAUAUAUGGGCCUUGGGACGAGGCACAAAUUGAAGAUAGAGAAUCAUCGCAAGAAUCAACAACUGAAGCAGAUUUUUGAAAUUGCAUCUCGUGCAGAUAAUCUUGUUUUCCAUGCUCAAAGUGCACAUGAUUAAAGUUGUAAAUUGGAUUAUACUGUAUUUGUCAUUAUUUGCAGACAUUAAUGAAAAUAUUAAGUUUUUCAUUGUUAUUCCAGACAUUGAUUGCUAUUUUCAUAAAAAUAUUGAAACCUUUUUUUUCUUUUAACACACCAGCUGUCUCCCACCACAGCGGGUGACCCGAAAAAGAAGAAACACAAGAUUCUUUUUUACAUUUAGUAAUUUAUACAGGAGAAGGAGUUACUAGCCCUUUGCUCGCGACAUUUUAGUCACCUCUUAUGACAUGCUUGGCUUACGGAGGAAGGAUUCUUUUCCACUUCCCCAUGGAUAAGAUUUUUGAAAAACAAUGUUAAUUUUUGCUGAUGAAUGUACUACAUAUAUUUUUCAAUAUUGUCUACAAGAUAUUUGAUUUUUUAAAUAUUCAAAGGAAUAUAUUACUUGGAACAUUAAAAUGUACCACUGCCCAUUAAGUUAAAAUAUACAAAACUGUUGAUGGGUUAUUUUUAAAAUAAAUUUUCAGCUUUCAUAUAGCUUCUAAAUAAUAAUUGUAGUUAUGUGUACAGUACAGUAAUCAAACAUUUGUGAAAAAUGUUUAAUAAGAACCCAUAAUGUACAUAUACGACAUCUAAGGAUUUGCAUAUUUUCUUACAGAAUUUAAUAAUCAAAACAUCAUUUGUAAGUGAGGUUUGUCAGUUUAUAAAAACAUUAGUGUAUCACAUGUAAAUCUAGUCUUUAUAAACCAUACCACGGGUGGGAUUUGAACCCGCGGUCAGAGAGUCUCAAAACUCCAGACUGUCGCGUUAGUCUUUAUACAUACUUGUAAUCAUGAUUUAGUUUUAAGGCUUUUAUUGAAUUAACUAAAUACUUCCAGUAUUUUAAAAACUAUGUAUUCUUAUUCUCAUAUAUGUAUAAUCAUAAUUUACUUUAAACACUUCCCAAAAUGCCUUGCAUAACAAAAGGCUUUCUAUAAAGUAUUCAUACAUGUCAGUCACCUUAUUGUAUAAUAUACUGUACCCUGCAUUAUAGAAAUAGUUUGUUUUUGUUUAUCAUAUUAAUGUAGGGUUUAUAUUAU